AUGUAUGACCCCUUCUCGUUUAACGAGAUCAAUGUAUCCUCCACCGUAAAGAUAUUAUCUUCAAGCUUAUUUAACGAAUGGGGUAGUAAGAAACGACUAGUGGAAACAGGUGGGGAGUUGUUUCUGGUUGAUAUGUUUUUAGAUACUGAUGUUAAGACGGAGUUGCAAGGUUCUGGACCUUCAAGGAACAAUCCCAUGGAAAUUAAGAUUUACCGGCUUGAUGAAGAACUGCAUCAGUGGAUUAGAGUGCAUACGUUAGGUGAUCGAAUUUUCUUUGCUGGUGACGACUGUUGUUUCUCUGUUUCUUCAUCAGAUUUUGGUGAUCAGUGCAGAGGAAACUGUAUUUACUAUAAGAAUGGAGAUAUAAUUGUGGACAUCUCGGGAAAUGACCUUAGCGAGGAAGUGAAACUUAGAUAUAAAGGAUUACAUGAUCAACACACAGGUAUCAUUACCUUACAAGAUGGUAAACUUGGUUCAUUGUCAUCCUUCCGCGAAUAUGCAGAUAUUUUCUGGCCACCUCCAUCUUGGCUUUUUUACUGA